AUGUUUCCCAGCCCCAGCACGUCCACUCCCUUCUCUGUAAAGGAUAUAUUAAACCUGGAGCACAGUCAUGACGUUAUGGUGUCUUCUCUGGACGUUUCUUCUCGUAUGGACUGCUGCACGGUGCCGACAUCCUCCUCCUCCUCCUGCAUGCUGGCCCGCAUGAAGCAGGAGCCUCUCCGGGACAUGUCCGCCGCCGUCGCCUCCGCCACACUGUUUGGAGAAGACCCCCACGAGUCCAGAGCAGGCAGGGGCAAUGCACUCAACUUUGCUACUACCUUUUAUGGGAAAUCCCUCAUUGAGAUGGACAUAGUUAAGGAUGCGAAAUCAGAGACGUUAGAGGGAAGACGCCGCAAAGAAGAGUUCAGUGCUCCGGCCGAGCCUGCAGAGCACAUAAAAACGGAGGAUCCGGACCGACCAAAACCCCGGAGACGCAGGAAGCCGCGGGUCCUCUUCUCCCAGGCGCAGGUGUACGAGUUGGAGCGCCGCUUCAAGCAGCAGAGAUACCUGUCCGCCCCGGAGAGAGACCACCUGGCCGGGGUGCUCAAACUCACCCCGACCCAGGUGAAGAUCUGGUUCCAGAACAGGAGGUACAAGUGCAAGCGACAGAGGCAGGACCAGAGCCUGGAGAUGGUGUCCCUGCCGCCGCCGAGGAGAGUGUCGGUGCCGGUGCUGGUACGGGAUGGCAAACCCUGCCUGGCGGCAGACACGGCCACCUACAACCCCUCCUACAGCAUGGGUCACAUCAACCAUUUCACGUAUAACAACUACCCGGCUUUCACUAACUACACCAGUCCCGACUGCAACACAAACUAUGCCUGUAAUUACCCUGCUGCUUCAAUGCAAGGGCCGUCCAACAACGGGAACUAUAUAAACUUUGGGGUCGGGGACCUGAACAAUGUCCAGAACACAUUCUCCUCCAGCAACGGGGUGUCCUCACUACAUGGCAUUAGGACGUGGUAA